CUGUUUGCGGGAUGCCCAGAGCGGGCGUAUUUUGGAAACAAUACCGCGAGGUGCCGAGUGGCCUCCUUCCGCGCCCGCCCGCCCGCUGCCGCUGCCGCCCCUGUUUGCGCCUCCCGCCUCCCGUUACAGCCCGCUGGGCUUUUCCCUCCUUCCCAAUUGAGUCCGGGCGCCAAGCCCCUGAGUGCUCGUCACGCUGGACCCUGGCGCGGAGCCCUGGCAUCACGACUCGGAGGCUGAGACUCUCUCCUGGAGUCACCCAGGGGAGAUGGAUCCACCUCAGUGUGUGGAGGAGCUGGAGGAUGAUGUGUUUCAGCCAGAGGAUGAGCUGGGGACCCAGCCUGGGAGCUUGCCCUCUGCUGACCUGUUUGCCCAGAGCCAGCUGGACUGCCCCCUCAGCCGCCUGCAGCUCUUCCCCCUCACCCACUGCUGUGGCCCUGGGCUUCGACCCACCAGCCAGGAAGACAAGGCCACUCAGACCCUCAGUCCAGCCUCCCCGAGCCAGGGUGUCAUGCUGCCUUGUGGGGUGACCGAGGAACCCCAGCGACUCUUUUAUGGCAAUGCUGGCUACCGGCUCCCUCUCCCUGCCAGUUUCCCUGCAGGCUUGCCCCUCGGUGAGCAGCCCCCCGAAGGACAGUGGCAACAUCGAGCAGAGAUACAGAUCGCCAGAAAGCUUCAGUGUAUUGCAGACCAAUUUCAUCGGCUUCAUAUGCAGCAACACCAGCAGAACCGAAAUCGCAUGUGGUGGCAGAUCCUCCUCUUCCUGCACAACCUGGCCUUGAAUGGAGAGGAGAACAGGGACGGGGCGGGUCCCAGGUGAGGCUGGGCUGCCUCUUGGAAUGGGGCACCACUGAAGGACAUCGGCGAGGACUGACGCUAUGUCUUGUGAAGUUGUUUUUAUCUUUAA